GGAAAAUUCGGCAUCUCGCUCGCAAUCUGCAUGCUGCCAAGCUGUCGCAAGACUGGUAGAGGGGCGCACAACGUGUCGAGGCUUUGCGCUGCAUGGCAUCUGGUCACGCAUCUGCUUUCCUUUCGCAGACCACACAACGUCGACCAAAAUGCGGUCUAGCUGGACUUCUGUCUGAGAAGAUAGAAGCCGGUGGCGUGGCGGUCACGCGCGAGGAAAGCCUCGCUGCGUUAGACUUCCUGGUCGCGGCCCUCACCCGGCUGCGCUUUGAGGCGCUGUGCCUGCUAGGGCUGGUAGCGGUCCGCAUGUGCGAGGACGCACGGCGAGAAGGUCAAGGCCUGCAGCCGCACUGCGCAACGUGUCGCCGGCUUCGGAAGACGGAGCUGGUGGAGGACGACGUGUACGCGGCGAUCUGCGCUGUGUCGGUGUAUGUGUGACCUCACCGAGCAGGGCCGGAAAAGGGGCUGGCCGUCCAAGCGAGACCAGCAUCCUGAGGACGACCUUUUCCGGCAUGUCUGCGAGGAGCACUUCCCGCGCGACGAGGAGGCCGCGGGUGCUCGCGUCAACAGGUCGGGCUUGACUCCCUUCCUGCCGCCGUUGUCGAAGGGCAUGUUUACCAACGUAAACAACCACUACGGCGCAAACUUCGCAGCCUGGCUGGCGCGCAGCUUUCGCUGCCGCAUCGACGACGAGCUUCGCGAGCUCCGUACUCCAGCCACGGAAAAGCUGGACAAGCUGGCAUGGAGCAUGGCGCAUGCCGUGCUCUACGACGGCGAGUUAGAGCAGCCGCGCUGGUGGGUGGGUUGGGCCCAGGGCGCCGCCGCGCAAGCUGCGGGCGGGGCGGCUGCGGCGGCGGCACAGGGCGCCGGCCCUGCGGGCGGGGCCGCCGCCGCGCAAGCCGCGGGCGCGGCGGCUGCGGCGGCGGCACAGGGCGCCGGCCCUGCGGGCGGGGCCGCCGCCGCGCAAGCCUGGACCGCCCUCGUUGACUACGUCAACGCCCAGCGUGCGUCGAAAAGGGCCGCAGAGCUGUUGCUGCGGGAGGUCAAGGGGGCGCAGGCCACGUACAAGAAGGCCAGCACGCGGCACAUGGAAUGGGCUGCGGAGAUUCUCGCAGGCCUUGAGGCACGCCGCGAUCAGCUGGGGGCGCAGGUGCAGCAACUGACGCAGGCGCAGCCGUUGACGCGAGAGGACACGCAGCGGCUUGCGUCCUUGCGCCGGGAACUGCAUCGCGCACGUCCGUUCACGCUGACCCCCAGCCCCUCCUUCGCGCCGAUCUAUGUGCCCCUUGACAACACGUCCAUGGCCCGCCUUCCUGGGCUGCUGCCCACCCUGGCAAGGCGCCAUGGCGAGGUCUUCGCCGGUGCAGGCGCGGGCGCCGUGGCACCCUCCUCGUUUGUCCAGGCCGCGUUUGGCGGCGGGGGCAUGCAGUCGUCUGCCACGCUGAACGCCGUCGGCUGGGGCCUGUUCCAGCUCGGGGGUGUGACCUCCCGCAACGCCCCCUUCGCCAACUACAUCACCACGGACGGGGUGGCCUGCAGCGUCGCGCGAGAAGCGCACAACAAGCCGCUGGCCAACUUGAAGCCGGCGACCGCGCCCGCCGAUGCGGAAGAGCUGUGCACCCUGGAGGAGAUGAAGGCCACGCAGAUCAUCGGUGUGGACCCGUGCGGGGGAGGGAAUUGGUUCAUGGCAGCACGGUCUCCGCUGUACCAGCCAGGGCCCUGGGCUUGGGAGGGUGUCAGGGAGGGUGUCAGCCCUGCCCAGCGCUCCCUGCUCGAGCUGCACGACAAGCAGCUGGAUGAGGAGUUGUUCCCUGGGCAGCUGCCGCCGGAGCCGCGUCGCAGGCGCAAGGGCGUCAGGCGCGAGGGUGGCGGGCGCAAGGGGGGCGGGCGCAAGGGGGGCCACCGCCGGAAGCAAUCGAAGCACUGGCAGCCGCGAGCGUACAUCGGCGGCAUCCCCAUGGCGGCGACCGCGUCGGCGGCCCGGUUUGAAGAGCGCCUGCGCUACCUCUUCGCCAGUGGGGCGGCAGGGCAGGCGGCGGGGCAGGAGGCGGGGCAGGCGGCGGGGCAGGCGGAGGCGGCGGGGCAGGCGGCGGGGCAGGCGGAGGCGGCGGGGCCGGCAGAGGCGGGGCCCCGGGGCGCGGUGCAUGUGCUGUGGCACUACCACUUCUCCGCCUUCCGCCGAAAGCGCUGGGCUGCGUUCAUCCAGCGCGACCGCGCGCUCCACCGCGUCGCCAAGCAGCUCACGGGCGGCAGGCCCAAGGAGCAGGUGGUGGUGGGGUGGGGUUCGUGGGCCUUCCAGGGAGGGAAGGGCGGCUCCCCCAUCUCCGUCAGGGGCGGGCGCGCGCUGACGGGGCGGCUCAUCAAGCUGCUCCGUGAGCGCUACGCCAAGCAUGUGUUCAUCGUCGAUGAAUACAAGACCUCCAAGACCUGCUACAACUGCGGGUGUCAGGAGAUGGCCAUCAAGCGGCUUGGGGGGCUGAAGGAGGGGCAGCGGCCCUGGUCGGUCAAAGUCUGCAACGACUGCUUGACGACCUGGAACCGCGACGUCUCCGCCGCCAACGUGAUCCGUGCGUGGGCUCCUCCUGCUGAAGCUGAUGGGCUUCGAGCGGCCGACCAAGCUGCAGCGGCCGCCAUGGCCGCCGGCAACGGCGGGGCCGGGCUGAGAGCCUGAACGGCGCUAGCAGGGCGUGGGGCUGAGGGUGCACGUGUCGAUUGGCGGCGAGUGACGUGACUAGUUUGUUAGCUGCGGGUUAGUACGGACUGUGCACCCCACCCAACCGGCCACGUCCGGAUUUGCGGGGAUGCCAAAGGCCCCCAACAUAGAGGCGUGUGCUUAGUAGGCGCCCGCGUCAAGGUGGCUGGGUUGAUAACGACCCGGGAGGGGAGGGCUCAGCCCUUUUCCUGCCUCCCUAAGGCAGCCACCUCAUUGUUGUUCCUACGCAGGCCUUGCAGCCUCCAGCUUUCCCUGCCUGUAAGCCUGUGCCCAU